GCGGAGCCGCGAGAACCGCGGGAACCGCCGGAGCCCCGGGCCGCGGGCGGACGGGCUAGCGGGUGGGCGCAGGGCCUGGCGGCAGGUGGAGCGGCCCGGGGCCGCGCGGAGCUUGGUGGCUCCGGAAAGGGGCCCGGUGAAGAGGAGCAAGGGCGUGGGCUAGGAGACAUUUGACCCGGGGUCCAGGUCCAGUGCCGAUUUCACUUUCCGGUGAUCUGUUGCAAGGUACUUCUCUUCACCGGACCUCAGUUUCCUCGCCUGUAAACAUGGGAGACUGGAAUAAUACCUAUUACUGAUUAGUGAGUUUCUUUUACGGGCCAGGUACCCUGUUAGGUGCUUUUCGUGUGAUCUUUAAUCCCAAUUUGGCGAAGAUAUCCUCACUGCAAAGUUGGAGAACAUCAACUGACAGGCCAUAAAGUAGCAGUUAAAAUCUUAAAUAGACAGAAGAUUCGCAGUUUAGAUGUUGUUGGAAAAAUAAAACGAGAAAUUCAAAAUCUAAAACUCUUUCGUCAUCCUCAUAUUAUCAAACUAUACCAGGUGAUCAGCACACCAACGGACUUUUUUAUGGUAAUGGAAUAUGUAUCUGGUGGUGAAUUAUUUGACUACAUCUGUAAACAUGGACGGGUUGAAGAGAUGGAAGCCAGGCGGCUCUUUCAGCAGAUUCUGUCUGCUGUGGAUUACUGUCAUAGGCAUAUGGUUGUUCAUCGAGACCUGAAACCAGAGAAUGUGCUCUUGGAUGCACACAUGAAUGCCAAGAUAGCUGAUUUUGGAUUAUCUAAUAUGAUGUCAGAUGGUGAAUUUCUGCGAACUAGUUGUGGAUCUCCAAAUUAUGCAGCACCUGAAGUCAUCUCAGGCAGACUGUAUGCAGGUCCUGAAGUUGAUAUCUGGAGCUGCGGUGUUAUUUUGUAUGCUCUUCUUUGUGGCACCCUCCCGUUUGAUGAUGAGCACGUACCUACAUUAUUUAAGAAGAUCCGAGGGGGUGUUUUUUAUAUUCCUGAAUAUCUCAAUCGUUCUGUUGCUACUCUCCUGAUGCAUAUGCUGCAGGUUGAUCCUCUGAAACGAGCAACCAUCAAAGACAUAAGAGAGCAUGAAUGGUUUAAACAAGAUUUGCCCAGUUACUUAUUUCCUGAAGACCCCUCCUAUGAUGCUAACGUCAUUGAUGAUGAGGCUGUGAAAGAAGUGUGUGAAAAAUUUGAGUGUACAGAAUCAGAAGUAAUGAACAGUUUAUAUAGUGGUGACCCUCAAGACCAGCUUGCAGUGGCUUAUCAUCUUAUCAUUGACAAUCGGAGAAUAAUGAACCAAGCCAGUGAGUUCUACCUCGCCUCUAGUCCCCCAACUAGUUCUUUUAUGGAUGAUAGUGCCAUGCAUAUUCCCCCAGGACUGAAACCUCAUCCAGAAAGGAUGCCACCUCUUAUAGCAGACAGCCCCAAAGCAAGAUGUCCAUUGGAUGCACUGAACACGACGAAACCCAAACCUUUAGCUGUGAAAAAAGCCAAGUGGCAUCUUGGAAUUCGAAGUCAAAGCAAACCGUAUGACAUUAUGGCUGAAGUUUACCGAGCUAUGAAGCAGCUGGAUUUUGAGUGGAAGGUGGUGAAUACAUAUCAUCUUCGGGUAAGAAGAAAGAAUCCAGUGACUGGCAAUUAUGUGAAAAUGAGCUUACAGCUUUACCUGGUUGACAACAGAAGCUAUCUUUUGGAUUUUAAAAGCAUUGAUGAUGAAGUGGUGGAGCAGAGGUCUGGUUCCUCAACACCUCAGCGUUCCUGUUCUGCUGCUGGCUUACAUAGACCAAGGUCAAGUUUUGAUUCCACAACUGCAGAGAGCCAUUCACUUUCUGGCUCUCUUACUGGCUCCUUGACCGGGAGCACGUUGUCUUCAGUUCCACCUCGCCUGGGCAGUCACACCAUGGAUUUUUUUGAAAUGUGUGCCAGUCUGAUCACUACUUUAGCCCGUUGAUGAUCUGUCUCUAGUCUCUGUCUUUCUGUUAUUGCACUGUGAAAAUCAUAUAUAUUCUUGAAAUUAUUAUCUUACUCACUACUGGGUAUCACAUACUCUGCAAUACUAAUUGAGAGAUACAAAUAUCUCUAGGUGACAGUCAAUGCCAUUGAAAUAACUGAAAACAAAAAAAUGUGACAUUUGAUUUACCUGCUGAAACCUGUAAUUCUGUUUUGCCUAUGAUAAGUUCACAUAGGCAGCUUCUUUAAGAGGUGAACAAUAAUGCAGAUUAUUGUUAAUUUAAAAUUGUCACUUCACUGCAGUAUGAGUAACACACUUUCAAUGAUGACCCAUCUCAAUCUGAGGGUUUGGCAACACCCCCUUGCUUUAUUGUUUGGUAUAGGUAAAUCCAGUUUAUUUCCUAAAAUUCAGCAGGCUUUAAGCUAUGUUUAUGCCUCCCGUUCUCUUGCACAAGGUAAAAAAUAAAGCAACCAUUAGUAAGAUAGUAUGUAAAUGUUGAAAUCUUUAAAAAGACUGACCUCAGAAUUUCAGAAGCUAAGUUCUUCUAGCAGUUUUUGCAAAUACUGCCUAAUGUUCGGUGGAAGGGCUGUGGUCCUUUAAAAGGUUACCACAAUUUCCAAGUUCCUUAAAAACAGCUUUAACUAACUCAGGGUUUUGAGAUCUCCCUGAACAAUGUAUUGGAACAUCUGGAGUUGCAACAAGUUUUGUCUUUUCUAUAAACUUCACAAGCCUUCAAAACCUACCUUUCUCAAAUUCUUUUUGGUUCUGUUUAAUUUUGCACUUCACCAAGAAGGGUAAAAUGGUUAAAUGAAACAAAAAAUAGCAGUGACCUCUUAAAAGAAAACUCUUAUCUUUGUUCUCUUACUGAGUGUGCAUGUGUAUGUGUUUGUGGGGAGUGUUAGGGUUCUCUUGCAUCCCACAAUGCUAAUUCUUUUUUGGAAAUUUGAGUUUGUUCUUGCAACUCCCCAGACCCCCAACCUUCCUUAGUCACCGUUGGUUUUGUUCAUUGAUUGAUCCUCAGUGGUUGAGUGACUUAGCUUUUAAAUCUUAUCUUCUUCCCUUUCCUUGUUCUCUAUCUUGGUUGCUAAUCAUUCAAUUUGAAAACACUGUUCUGGCCCUGAGGGCCUUUGUGUCCUUCCAAAGCUUAAUAGGCUGUGACCUUCACUGUUGCACCUGAUAGGGCAGGGAAGCCUUAAAACAUUUUUAAAAAAUUCUCUUGAAUAAAUAUGUGUGUUGUUUACAUAUAUACAUAUAUGUAUUCACACAUCAGUGCUUUUAAAGGAAAACCAAACAGGUUUUGUUUGAUUUGCUUCGUACAGGUUAUUUUUAAGGUUAAAAAAACAAAACAAAAACAACUAUAUACAGCAGAGUAGAUAAUAGCUAAUUGCUUAUUUUUUGUUUUAGUAAAAAUAUUUAAUUUUUAAAUUAUGUGUAAUUUAUCUAAUUUGUAUUUAUUAAUUUAAUAUAGUUAACAAUCACAUUCACCAGACUUACCUAGAGACGAUUAAGCACUUAAAAACAAAAAGUGGCAUUGCCUCGACGGGUUUAUCUUUGCCAAAAAUAAUGUAUUUUCUACCAAGAAGCAAAUGAGAAUGUUAGACCAAAUUUCUCCUGGGUUUAUUUAUGGAAGACAAGUAUUUUUAUCUUUAAAUAGUUUUUGAAUGAAGAGAUUGCAUUGUGUCACCUACUCAUAUUGUUUUGUAGAACUUUUAAAAAAUGGUGUUAAGUAACUUGUAAGUCCAACUUCUUAAUAUCAAAAUAAAAGGAAUCCUUAUUUGUCAAUUUGGGAAAGAGGGCAGGGGUUGCCAUUUGAGAUGUUUUGAUUUUAACCUUUGAAAGGUUGCCAUCUAGUGGCAUCAAGGGGUACUUUUUAGUGUUUUUUUGUAAAAUAGGGGUAAGCAGUCCUGUCCCCAUGAGUUGAACUGACUCAGUGACAACAAUAACAAGAAGCAGUCCUGCUAGAGCCCCUGGGUGGUGCAUACAGGUAAGCGCUCCACUACUAGCCGAAAGGUUGGUGGUUUGAACCCACCCAGAGGCGCCUUGAAAGACAGACCUGGUGAUCUCCUUCUCAGAGGUCACACAGAGCCUUGAAAACCCUAUGGAGCAGUUCUGCUCUGCACACGUGGGGUCUUCAUGAGUCGGAGUUGGCUCAAUGGCGACUAACAACGACAUGCAGCCCCGUGGCGGUAGUCUGAUGUGCAUUGCAGAUAUGGCAUAAUUUUGGCUUCUCCAAAUGUGUAAAUACCUCUUUUGGGAAAAAUAGGGCCACUUCAUAAUAUCUGCCUGUGAAUGGAAUGACCUGAGAAAUAAGGAAUUAAUCUGAUUCCUUAUCCCCAAGGACAACAUCCACAAUUUUGAAGGUGGAGAACAAGCAGGAAGGAAUCCAGUGGCAUUUUAGCUUCGUUAGUCUAAUAAAUCACAUAUUAGAAACUUAAUCAUAUCAAAAUUACUUUUAAUAUGAAUGAUUAUCAUAUAAAUCAUCAUGCACAACUUGAUAGUUACCUGUUGAAUCUUAGGAAAACCAAGGGUCUCGGUUUUGGUUCUUGUAUGUUGAAGUUUUUAAAGCACAACCAUUCUGUAAAUCUAGAUGGUAUAGGAAAUUGGUUUGUAGAGAGAUUUCAGGAGGUUCAGUCCAGUACAAUAGGAACUUUUUGUUGCUGAUGGGCAGGGAGAGGGAAAGAAUCAGUUGCUAACUCAAAAUUACUUCCUACAUUUCAAUCUUGUAAACUGGUUAAUUGUGGAUAUGGGUAGAUAGAUCUGGAACAAUUCAUCCAGUUAAGAUUCUGGAAGAGAGCUUCUAUUAUUAGGUUAUAGACAAGACCUUGACUAUGUCAUGAAAAUGGACUCCAUUUGGUUCUAGAAUAGCAUUCCCAGAAUGCUCUGCAAACAAACAAAAAAAAAAGAUUCCAUUAAGUUUGGAAAAUGUUCCAUGCUAUAAUCCUGCUUGAGGAUGACAAUAUGUAUGAACAGUAGGGGCUUUGAGAAGUCCUUCCAUGACUUUGUUUAACCCUGCUUUUCCCAACUUGAUUUAACCAUAAAAACUUUUUUUUUUUUUUAAUUUAAUAUCCCACGGGAUAAGGCAAAUUUGGAAAAUACUUUUUUAGGAAAAUUGCUGUCACAAGUUGCCAUAACUAGGGAAGUUAAGAAUGAAAUUAAGAUAGCACUUCCUUUGCUUUCCUUUAUCAGUUGUUAUAGAGAAUCUGGUUGAAGGAAGGUCAAAAGCAUUUCAUUUUAACCUGAGGACAUGUCCAUCUUGAGCGUAUGUAAGACUAAGUAGAAUUUUAUAUGUUUGCAACUUGUUUCAUAGCACCUUGAUUUACUUAAUCAGGUGGUGGCAUUGUUUGGGAGAAUUUAUUUUUUGUGUGUGUUGAUGGAUGACUGAGAAACCUUAAACAAGAUUGCUUAUAAAAAGGAAUAAGGGGCUAGUGACUCAGGCUUAUGGCUCUAUGGGUAAUGGACAUACCAUUGACUUCCAAAAUUUGUACAGUCAUUGAACAUUUUCUAAAUUCUUUUAUAUAGGACACUGUAUUUAGAUCUAAUUCCUGUCAUCCUUUAAUGUAACAACAGACUACUUCUCAAAUUGAACAUGCAAGGAGGGAGAUAGGCAGAUUGUUACAAGUUGGGUACUUUUUGUUUGUUUUGCUCAACAAACCUUUUAACAGACACUUUUAUAAGCCCUAGUAUUUGCAUUCCUUGAUACUAGCUGGUUAUAAAGAGAAUUCAGGAUCCUAAACUAACGAGAAAUAAUAGUGUCUCUACUGUCAGGGAAUUCGUAGAAAAGACAGUUCUCCAUUUUCUGCAAAUAGAUUUUCCAUGACAAUUACAUGAUUCAGGGCUUGCUUUCUCUUAUUCCCUAGCCAGUUUAUACUCAAGGAAUACAAAUUGACUUUUAAUAUUAGAUGAGAUAUAAUUUAGAACAUAAUUAUGGACAACUAUAACAGAUCUUUUGACUCGCUGGAUUUAUCUGUAGCCUCUGUUAAUGUGGAGUAUACUGAGUUAAUAUAAGCAUCACGUUUUCCAUUUAUAAACUGUAAAAACUUGGAACAUGCCCACCACAGACACUGCAUCUUAGUCUGUUCACUGGUUAAUAAUUUAAAUCCUGUUAGUUGCUACGAAAUCUUAAUAUCUAAAUGCUAGUCUAGUUCAUAGUUUUGUUUGUUGGUUUUUAAAGACCCAAACCUUUCAGUCUGGCAUUUCUUUAGCAGAUUGCCACCCUGUGACUUUUUAAAUAGGAAAUGUAAUUUAUUUUAACAGUAGUUCUCAGAGAUCUAUCUUUAUUAAAAACUCUGGAUGAGGAAUAAGUCAAUCUGUUGGCAAGUCACACCCAGUGUUGAAUCUCAUUUUUGUAACCCCUAAAAUGAGAAGGAUAGAUUAAAAGACCUUCAGAGUCCCUGGGCGGCACAAAUGGACCCUAUAUAGUGCAGUUCUACACUACAUACAUGGGGGCGCCAUGAGUCGGAAUAGACUCAAUGGCAACUAACAACAACAACAUGGUACUUUUGAACUUUAAAGUUCUGCGUUUUCAUAUGAUUUGUGUUAGUGUUUCCUUUUAUAUCUUUUUAGUUAGAGUUUUUAUACUGCUGUGAAUGUUCUGUGUUUAUUUGGUGAGGCAUUUUAAAGGUAAAUACUUGAAAUCUUUCUAAAUACAGCUGCCCUCUGGAAUACAAAUGGCAAAAAAUCAUUCAGCAAACCAAGCAUGUUAAAGUAUGAUGUCCACUUGGCAGAUAACACAUAAAGCAAAGCAUUACUAAUUUGGAGUGAUGAACACGUUUCAUACAUUUUAAUAGUGAGUUUUAGAUCCAGAGCCCUUCGAUAUCUAUGAGGUCAUUUAAUACAUUACAGUAAGUUUGUGAGGUAACCAGAAAAGGUAUUGUCACAUUUUCCAGAUGAGGAAGUGGGAUUAGAAAGCUCUUCAUAAAGCUCUUAUGCCAUGUAAGUGUUCAGCAGUGGUAAGUUCUCUUUAGCAAACCACCCUUCUUGGGAAGAACAGUCUAAAUUAAUGAAACAUCUGAGUAGUUGAGUAAUAAAAAUAUUACAGAUGUAUUGCUUUCAAGUCUUAGAGUGAUAUAAAGUAGUCUUAACUAAAUAUAGUUAAAUUAUUUGAACCACUUGAUUGUACUAACUAGGUGUAAUUGUCUGAAGUAUUUAUGAUUAGCAUAUUAAUUUUUAUAAGUACUUCUAAGUUAUUGAGGGUGCUUAAAAAAACUGAAAAAACUUUCUAGGAUAUGAUUCUUCCUGUAAUUUUAUUUACAUGAUUGUUAUAGCACAAUCUUUUUAAAAAAGGAAACUUAGCCCCAUCCUAUAUCUAAAUUAUUAUAGUUUUUUAUUAUCUAAAUUAAGUUUAUCUAAAUUGAUAAUUUUUCAUUUUGUAUGCAUAUUAUGUAACACUUUUCAUAGCGUUUAUUCCUAUUCAUGAACUGCUUAAUUAUUAUCAGCUUGAUAUCCCCUAAACCUUAUAAAACUUUGCAAUAUAAUUUAUGUUUGAAGAGCCUUAAAAAUUAUAUAAAAUCUUAUUUAAACAAGUUGCUGGAAUCCUUACUAUAAUUAUGAUGCAUUUGAUGCCACUGAGCAGUAAUAGCAUGAAGAACAGGACCCACAGUCUAGACCAGAUUGAGUUUUAAUUAAACUUCUUCAGCUAUAGCCUGAUACGAAUCAGGCUGAGUCUAGAAGUUAUCAGACUGUGGACUUGCAUUAAUUUUGUGAGCCUGUUAAUGUUUACUGCCAGCCUUGCAUAGCAAUGCCAGUUUGCAGUUAUGACUGUGUAUGCGAGUUUUGGUAACUAUGAUUUGUAUCUAAAGUAGUUUCGAUUUUAUGGAAGUAACUCAUGAUUAUUUGCACAAGCAGGGUAGUAAAUUCCAAUUAUAAAAUUAAAGUGCAAUUAAGGAAAUCUUAGAGCACUCUUUCCAGGAAAAAAAAUAAAGUUAUCAUGAAAACUUUUUUGAACAUACAUAGAAUUUUGACAAGGUUAACAAUUAUUCUAGGUUUACUACUUUGUGUUGAUUUAAAAUUUUGAGGAGGAACAGGAACAUUCUAGCCAAGAAGAAUUGUAUGGUUAAUUUUUUGCUCUAAUUUUAAGCGUGCAUUUUUUUAUAGCUAAAAGUUCCUUUUAAGUAAGUUUUGUUACAAAGGCCAUUUUUAUAGAUAACAUUUACCUGAAUGGAAAAGAGAAAUGUUUCUAUUGUUCUAAAAUUCAAAACAGAACAAAAACUUAAAUUGUGCCUUCUCUUUAAAUUAUAGGGACAGUAAUAAUUAGUCAAAAACUGUUUGAACUGUGUUUUCUUUACUUGUUUUCUGAUUCCCCUCAUUUUUCCCUAGAUCUGCCCCCAACAAAUGAUCAAGUUGUUUGCUUUUGCCUGUUUGUCUUCAGGUUCCUUUGGCCAGACCUCACCUUAUCACUCUCAGAAGUUGUUCACUAAAUGUAUUUGUCUAAUUUCUUUUAUGUUGCUUUGCUUUUUAAGUCGCCGUGGUAAAAGUUUGGUUGCCUUCUUAUGUUUUUAAAAUGAAUGCAAUGAAUAAGCGAUUUUUAUAUGUCAACACUUUAAAACAUUUGUUAAAAAAAAAAAAUAUUG